AUGAGCCACGAGAACGACAAUGGUGUCACGGAGCCACUGCUCCCCGCGCACUCAAAAGGUCGCUCGAAUUCACUGUCUUCCACUCCCAAUACAGUGUACGAUCGCGACUCUAUGGAGCAUGUAGAACGAGGCGAGGUCCACGCAAAGAACCGCCCCCUUCGAGAUUCGUAUUUGAAGCAAUUGGGCUACACGCCGCUUAUUUUCAAGGUGAGUUCGUGCUUGUUGCUUAAAAUGAAAAAAAUUGGCAGCUUCAUCGCCUCGAUGUCGCCGAUGCGGACCCGGAAGCCUAAUGACGACGAUCUCCUUAGCGAUGCCUUCCCGUACCAUCAGUCGAUCACACCAUCUAAGGGCUCGAUACGCGGUUCGGUCUUUAACUUGGCCGGCGCUACUCUUGGCGCUGGAGCGCUAUCGUUACCGUAUGCAGUCGCAGUUUCUGGUUUGGGUUUUGCAGUGGCUCAGCUUGUAUUGGCUGCAGUAUUAACCGUGUAUACGAUUCGACUGCUGAUUCGCGCCGAGGAUAUUACCAAGUUGAAGUCUUACGAGGAUCUGGCCAUGUACUGCUUCGGCACGAAGAUGACGGUUUUCGUGGAAGUGAAUAUCCUGGUCUUCUGUUUUGGGAUUUCGGUCGCAUAUCUUGUAACUCUAGGGGAUAUUAUCACGCCGCUAGGCGAGCUCUGCUUCGGAGCGCACAACAUUUUCGCGCAGCGAUGGGUUCUCAUGACGAUUUCCUGCGGCACGAUCAUGCUUCCACUGUCGAUGAUGAAGGACAUCAGUAGUCUCCAGUUUUCAUCCAUCCUGGGCGUACUCUCUAUCAUCUUUCUCGUUGUGGCGGUGGCCAUCCGGUCGAUUAUGUACACAAGUGCCAAUGGCAUCCCGAACGACAUUAGCUGGGCUAUCGAUUUGAGUCAUGGGCCGAACUUCAUGCUCAGUGUGCCAAUUGUUAUGUUCGCCUUUACCUGCCAGGUUAACGUGUUCUCGAUUUACACGGAGCUACAGCGUCCGUGCAUUCGGCGGAUGAACAAGGUAGUUGACCGCGCUACACUCAUCUCCUUCCUGAUCUACUUGUCUAUAGGUGUGGUGGCGUAUCUUGCGUUUGGUCCUCAGCUCACGGAGCCCAAGUAUAAGGGAAACAUCCUGUUGAGCUUCCCGUUGAACGACACGUUAAUCGCCAUUAGCCGAGCUGCCAUCACAUUCACCGUGGCCGUGGCAUUCCCGCUGAACAUCUUCCCGUGUCGCUUCACCAUUGAUAUGAUGUUCUUUUCCAACUCGGAGGACUCGUGGUCGCGCCAUGUGGCCGUGACGAGCAGCCUGGUGCUGCUAGCGCUGCUUCUCGCUGUCUUUUGUCCAAGUAUUAAUGUGGUGUUUGGCAUCAUUGGCGGUACAUGCUCCACCGUUGUGUGCUUCUGCUUCCCUGCCGCAUUCAUCUUGAAGCUCGAGGAUGGCCCGCUGCUGGGCCCCAAGAAGAUUGGCCCGUUGCUGCUGCUCAUUGGUGCGAUCGUGAUUGGGUUUGUGGGCACGGGUGUUACGGUCUGGUCCAGCCUGCUCAUGCCACCAGCGUGA